ACGGACAACGUGCAGCUUUCUCUGCGAUUCGGAAUUGUUUCACCUCGUGUGAGAGCUCAUGCUCUCGUGCUGUGUGUGCCGACGGAGAAUAAGGUUCGGUGGUACCUUGUAUGGAAGCUGUUUCUUUCUAGAUUUAGGUUUGUGAGAGAGCUGCUUGGAGCUAUGUCAGAAUCCGCUUCUGUGAAUGAUUUGAAGAAUGGUCGUUCACGCAUGAAGAAGACUCGCCGUGACUGAAAAAGUGCGCUUUAUUUCUGAUUUUAUAAACAUUCCUUUCACUCUUGUGUGGGUGUUAUUGUCCAAUAUUUUUAACAGAGGACUGUUUUACUGUUGGGGAAAAUAUUUUAUUUACUUGUUACAAAAGAGUUAUAUUCUGUAAUUUAAAAACUUGCGCAGACACCAUGAAUAUCAGAUGUGCAAAGCCUGAUGAUCUGAUGAACAUGCAGCAUUGCAAUUUGCUUUGCUUGCCUGAAAAUUAUCAAAUGAAAUAUUAUUUUUAUCAUGGUUUGUCAUGGCCUCAGCUUAGUUAUGUGGCAGAGGAUGAAAAGGGUCAAAUUGUUGGUUACGUUCUGGCAAAAAUGGAAGAAGAUAGUGAAGAUAAUCCUCAUGGCCAUAUAACAUCGCUAGCUGUGAAACGUUCCCAUAGAAGAUUGGGAUUAGCCCAGAAAUUAAUGGAUCAGGCAUCUCGAGCAAUGGUAGAGUGUUUUAAUGCUAAAUAUGUGUCACUGCAUGUCCGAAAAAGUAACAGAGCUGCAUUGAACUUGUACACUACUACUUUGAAAUUCACUAUUUCUGAAAUUGAACCAAAAUACUAUGCUGAUGGUGAAGAUGCAUAUGCCAUGAAAAGGGAUUUGUCUUCCUUUGCUGUACAACUUAAUCAGACAUCAGAUUCUAAUACUGUGAUAGAUCAUAAAAACUCUGAUGAGCAUAAGAAAAUAAUUUCAGAGAGAUUGUAAAUAUAAUUACUCUGUAUGUCUUUUCUAGAUUUGAAAUAUUAUUUAAUAUUGAAUGGACAUUUAUGUACAAUAAAUUCACAGCAAUAUGUGUUUUGAAAACAUGUAUAUGCCACAUAAUGUAUUCUAUUGCCUUUUGAUUUUCCCAUGAUUUGGCAUGUGUUUUUGCUCAAAAAUAAAUUGGGAUUCAGGUUAUGUUUAUGGUUACAUAAAGUUAUUUUUAUUUCCUGUUACCCUUCAUAAAGUUGUAAUAAGGUUUAUAUUGUAUCACCGUGUACAUCAAUGAACCAAAUUGCAAUGCAUGAUUAGACGUGUAGAUUUUAGGUUAUUUGUGUUGGUAAAAUAUGAAAAUAUAAAUGUUUUCGGAUGUAUUGUGCUGAAAGAGCUGUGUUGUAACGAAGUUUGACAUAUAAGGUAUCAAAAUUUACUGAACGAAGAUUUUGGAAGG